AUGGAGGAAAAUCAAACGAGACGUGCAUUGUUAAUAGUCGAUCUUCAACAAGAUUUUGUAUCUCCGAAUGGACCGUUCAAAGAUAAAUAUGUCAAAAUAGAUCAUAUUGUUUCUCAUUUAAACAAUGUUUUACCGCGCUUUCGUGAUUCGAAUGGCAUUGUUGUUUGGAUCAAAGCUAAUUAUAAAAAUGAUCAAACCGAAUCCAAAUCUCUCGUUCGUCCAGAAGGUAAACAGUAUGAAAAUAUUCCAAUGAACGAUACUUUUCUUUCGGGUACUCAUCGGUCAUUUCCGCUAUGUAUACCUGGAACAGAUGGAGAAUGUUUUCCGUCUGAAGUUAUCUCUCUUAUCAAGUCUGAUGAAGAUUUUAUCGUGACAAAAACGUAUUAUUCAGCAUUUACAAAUACUAAUCUUGCUGAAAUUUUGAAGAACGUGAAUGAAGUGCAUAUUUGUGGUCUACUAACCAAUGUUUGUGUUCAAGCAACGACAAUCGAUGCUUUCUUUCAUGGGUACAAGGUUUUCGUUUGGAUUGAUUGCCUUGGAUAUCGCAAUGAAGUUUCGCAUCGAACGGCAUUGAAAAAGAUACGACGCUGGUAUGCAACAACGAUCGUGUCGAAUCAAUUCAAUGAUCAACAAGUGAUUACUACUGACAGUGCUAUUUUGAAGCCAGUCUUGUAUUUUGUAAAUGGAUCUAUACCUAGUUGGAGAGUCCUGAUGGCACUUUAUGAAAAAGACAUUGAUUUUGAGGGCAAACCACUGCAGGUCAUGUCCAAACCAAAGCAAACGAAAUCGGCGGAAUUUCUUGCUAUCAAUCCCCGUGGCUUAACUCCAACAUUUGUUGAUAAAGAUGGUACAAUCAUUGCUGAAUCACUCGCUAUUUUAUAUUAUCUCGAAGAAUACUACCCUUCUACUCGAUCGCUUCUGCCUAUAGAAAAAGCCAAACAUGUCCAAGUAAUGCAACGCGUACAAGAAUCUCAAAAUCUAGUCGAUAUAUAUGAAUCACUGGAAGCCAUUGUAUUCAAAACACUUGAACAUGAACAACCAUCACAUAAAAAUUCUAUUCUGGAGAUACUGGAAAAGAUCAAUGAAGAACUGGCAUUUUGGGAAAUGUACUUGACAAAAAAUACGUUCAUUGCUUGUGAUCAAUUUACAUUAGCUGAUUGUGCAUUUUAUCCUGUUAUCGCCUCUUUAAUCCAUCGAGGACUAGAUAUAAAUAUCUUUUCCAGAUUAAAAGAGUACGUCAAUAUGAUUAAAAUAAAACCAGCUGCAAUCAACUCGCAUCCAACUGACUGGACAGAAAAGGAUGGAAAAAUCAGCAUUUUCAAAGUAGUUAAUCAAAUUAUACUCGAUUGUAAUAAUAAAGCGGAUUAA